AUGGAGGAACAGAAACAUAGGCCUCAUCGGCCCUCCAAGGAGAAGAAGAAGCAUACAGGAGACCGCAAUCCAAAGGCCUUCAGCUUCGCAAAUCCAGGCCGCUUAGCAAAAUCCGCGGCUCGAUCGCACGAUAUCAAGGAGAAGCGGCUCCAUGUCCCUCAAGUCGAUCGAAUCCCCGACGAACCACCCCCUCGACUCGUCACCAUCGUUGGCCCCCCUGGUGUUGGGAAGACCACGCUCCUCAAAUCUCUUGUCAAGCGAUAUGCGAAAGAAACCCUCUCGAACCCUCAAGGACCGAUAACAGUCGUUACCUCGAAGCGACAACGUUUGACAUUUGUAGAAUGCCCGAACGAACUCGAAGCCAUGGUGGAUAUGUCCAAGGUUGCGGACAUUGUACUUCUAAUGAUCGAUGGGAAUUUCGGCUUCGAGAUGGAGACGAUGGAAUUUCUGAACAUCUUAGCGGCGAGCGGGAUGCCAGGAAAUGUCUUUGGUAUUCUCACGCAUCUGGACCUCUUCCGAAAACCGCAAACCCUCAAGGAUGCGAAGAAACGGCUUAAGACCAGAUUCUGGAGCGAGUUAUACCAAGGCGCACAUCUUUUCUAUCUGUCCGGGGUCAUCAAUGGCCGCUAUCCCGACCGCGAAAUACACAACCUCUCGAGAUUUAUUUCGGUUAUGAAGAACCCGCGACCUUUGAUCUGGCGGAAUUCCCAUCCGUACACGAUCAUCGAUAGCUUCCGAGACGUGACGCAUCCUACGAAAAUAGAAGAAGACCCGAAGUGUGAUCGGACAGUGGUACUGUCAGGGUAUUUACGGGGGACAAAUUUUGCUGCGCAGGGACAGAGAGUGCAUAUACCAGGCUUGGGUGACUUUACUAUCGCGGCUAUGGAGGCGUUGCCAGAUCCGUGUCCGACCCCAUAUAUGGAUCAAGUCGCUGCGAAGGCCUCGGGCAAGAAGGGGCGAAGACGGCUGGACGAGAAGGAAAAGAAACUGCAUGCACCGAUGUCCGACAAGAGUGGGUUGAAGAUUGAUGGAGAUACAAUUUGGAUCACCCGAGAGAAGGGUUUUACUUUCGAUAAAGACGCCGACGACCAGGAGCGUGGCGAGGGCGAAGAAUUAAUGAUUAGCCUUCAGAACGAAAGAAAGCUUCUAGGAGAAACAGAAGAAGGCCUCCAAUUAUUCGGCGGUGGUAGCGCCAUCAAAACCCUCCCUGACGAAGCACCCAAUGAUGAGGAAGAGGACACUGGCCGAAAGCACCCCCGGUCUGUAAGAUUCGUUGAACGCGACGAGGAAUCCGGUGAUGAGGCGCCUGUUGAUGAUGAAGGGUUUGUCAGUGGUGAUGAAGUUGAUUCUGAGGACGAGACAGAGAUCACGGAAGAGAAAUUGGGACGAGCGUUUAGGAGGACGGAUGAUAAGGAUGAUGGCGCCGGUGGUGAUAUUGCAUUCGCGGACAGUGACUCUGACCUUGGAUCUAUAUCCGGGGAUGAUGUGAGCGACGAAGAAGAAUAUUCAUCAGAUGAUGAGGAUGGAGCUGCACGAUGGAAGGAAAACAUGUCGGAUACUACACGGAGACUUCAUGGGCAGAGAAGAUCAUAUCGAACAGCGGACCUUGCGAAGUUGAUAUAUGACCAGGCCUUAACUCCUUCUGAGGUUCUGAAAAGAUGGCGUGGAGAAGUCGACGAGGAGGAAGGGGAUAAUGAGGGAUCGGAUGACGAGGAGACGUUUUUCAAGAAAUCCAGCGCGGAGAAGGCCGAUGAACAUUACGAAGAUCGAGCAAUUCCGAUUCUCGACUAUGAUCAGCUAGAGGCUAAAUGGUCUGUUGACGACAAUAUUGAAUCAUUGCGGCGACGAUUCACAACGGCAACUCUACUGAAUGAGGGCAAAUCCAAUGGGCAUGGAUCCGAGGAAGAAGGCGAAGGAGAAGAAGAAGAAGAUGAUGAUGAUGAAGGUGACGGAGAAUUUGAGGACCUCGAAACCGGCGAGAAUCAUAAGCCAGACGACAUCGAGGCUGAGCGAGAGAAGAACGCCCGAAGGAAGGAGGAGUUGAAGCUUAGAUUCGAAGAAGAAGAUCGGGAAGGCUUCAAUAAUGACAAAGCCAAUGCUAGACGAGAAGGUGGGGAAGAAGAGGAGUUUGGAGAAGAUGAUUGGUACGAUGCACAAAAGGCCCAGAUCCAAAAGCAACUCGAUAUCAACAAGGCAGAGUUUGAGAUGCUCGACGAAAACCAACGAGUGAACGUCGAAGGCUUCAGGGCCGGAAUGUAUGCGAAGAUUGUCAUUGAGGGUGUUGCGUCGGAGUUUGUCACCGGAUUCAAUGCGCGGAUGCCAAUUAUUGUUGGCGGCCUGUCUGCCGCGGAAGAUCGUUUCGGAUUCGUACAGGUCAGGAUAAAGAAACAUCGAUGGCACAAGAAGAUCCUGAAGACCAACGAUCCCCUUAUCUUUUCCCUCGGCUGGAGGAGAUUUCAGACAUUGCCAAUCUACAGCAUAUCAGACAAUCGGAUACGAAACAGAAUGCUGAAGUACACGCCCGAACACAUGCAUUGCUUUGGGACAUUCUACGGACCUCUUAUCGCCCCCAAUACCGGAUUUUCUUGCUAUCAAUCUUUCUCAGCCAAGAAUCCUGGAUUCCGGAUUGCGGCCACCGGCACAGUUUUGGAUGUUGAUGAGGCUCCAGAAAUCGUCAAAAAGCUCAAGCUCACUGGAACGCCGUACAAGAUCUUCAAGAACACUGCAUUUAUCCGAGACAUGUUUAAUAGCUCUCUUGAAGUAGCAAAAUUUGAGGGCGCAUCCAUCAAAACAGUAUCAGGCAUUCGAGGACAAAUCAAGAAAGCACUGAGCAAACCCGAGGGACAUUUCAGAGCCACGUUCGAGGACAAAAUCCUCAUGAGCGAUAUUGUUUUCCUUCGAUCAUGGUUCCCCAUCCGACCCCACCGUUUCUACAAUCCUGUGACCAACCUCAUUGGAUGGGAAGCUAUGCGUCUGACUGGAGAAAUUCGACGCGACCAAGGAAUCCCAACCCCUCAACAGAAGAACAGCCUCUACAAGCCCGUUGAGCGUGUAACACGACACUUCAACCCUCUCCGUGUCCCUCGUGCUCUUGCAGCAGAGCUGCCAUAUAAAUCUCAGAUCGUCCAGAUGAGGAAACAGUCGAAGCCCACGUAUAUGCAGAAGCGUGCGGUGGUUCUGGGAGGAGAGGAGAAGAAGGCUCGGGACCUUAUGCAGAAGAUCAUGACGAUUCGGAACGACAAGGCCGCGAAAAGACGAGCAGCAAAGGAAGAGAAGAGAGCAGUGUAUAGAAAGAAGGUCGAGGAGAACGCUGAGAAGCGUGGCGAGAGAGAGAAGAAGGAAAAGCAGGAGUAUUGGAGAAAAGAAGGGAAAAAGCGCAGAGCAGACACGGAUGCUGGCGGGGGUGGGAAAAGGAGACGUUAG